AUGUCAUCCGGCCUCCAACUCCCUGGAGCACCUAGCUAUGCAUCAAGACUUCGAGGUGAGGCGCCCCCUCAUAAAUCAAGCAGAAUCGGGAAAUCUGGAGGCAUGCCCCCACCCAAACCACCUAGUGCGUUACAGAACAUGAAUAACAACGCAAACAUGUCUAGCAAUACGGGGAAGUAUCUCCCGAGCACACCCAGUAAUCUGGGCAUGUAUUCGCAAGCUCAUACUAAGACACAAAAGCCAGUGACUACAGAUCGACGUCUUCCUAGUGACGACUCAGGGAAGGAUAACGCUGCAGUACGAACCAAAUCGCGACUCCCUGAGGACGGUUCCUGGAAGAAUGACGCCGCAAGCACCGUACAGACCAGGUCACGUCUUUCACGCCUUCCCGAAGAUGGUUCCUGGAGGAAUGUCUCCGCAAAAGAUCAGAAUAUUGCCGUAAGCUCCAAGGAAGAGUUGAGACCGAGACCAGAUGGUCAGCAAGGUAUUGUGGAUUCAAUGGCUUCGCUCUCAAUUAGUCCUUCCAAAAAGGCCGAGCCAAUGCCUGUAGGAAGAUGUUUGGAUUGGGAGCGACCGGUCUUCACAUCGAGCGCCAGCUCAAAGGUGAGCAAGUACUUACCAAGAUCCGAUCGCGACCAUCCUAAGCCUACGCCCAGUGCGUACUCCAUCUCGUACAAGCGAAGAUACAACCAGACUCCAAUGGAAAAAGCCACAUACCGUGAGUACCUCCCGUUUCUAAAAUCCGAGUUUAAGGUAGGCAUGAUUAUCCGCAUGAACAUCCAUGAAUCAGAUUUCAAGGGGACGUCUAAGGCAGCAAUUGCGCAGGCUUCGCAAGCCUCGACACUGGUCGACGGUGGAAGAGGUGACAAACGUCGCAAGGAACACCGGCAUCACGGGGACUUCGGUCCCAUCUACUCCGAGAACAGGAUCUUUUUUGUCGUCAACGUGGCCGAGGAUGUCUUUACGGCCAUUCCGCUAUUUACGCAUGAAGGUAAAGGUUUAGCAAACGUUCUUGACAAAAAGAGCUGGGUAUCUGUUGAGGAUCAUCGGCAGCUCGGAAAAUGCAUACAACAGUCGGAGCACCAACCACUACGCACGGUCUUCCUGAGCCCAGAAUGCGACAAAUUGGACCCGGUGAGCGCUGCGUGGAUCCCUUAUGCACUCCCUUGCAGAUAUGACGUGCCUGUGGCCUACCAAGGGAAGUUGGACAAAGCGAGCGCGAGGCGAUUGGUGAGACUUCACCGCGAAUCAUGGAUCGAUGAGGAAAGCUAUGAAGACUAG